CAGAAGACCCUCGGGCGCUACAAUGCUAAUGUUGUCGGGGGCUUUGACUUCUCCCAGCCAUUGCAAAGACGCUGCUCCGUGUGACAGCCACGGCGCCGCUCUUCCCCCGGUGCUCGCUUUUCACGCCUCUCCACAUUUGGCAGGUGUGUGUUGGUGUCAAAAUAAAGAAGAGAGACCGACCGCGUCCUAUCUGCACACCUUCAAGUCUGCGCCGUAAUGGACGAAACGGACAUCAUGGACUUAACGCAUCAGAAAGCGAGGAAGCGACCGCGUCCAAUCAGUUCCGUGGAUGAGUCGGUGCACGCGUCGCUCAAGCGGCUCCCGAUCCGAGCGGCGGAGUGCAGGGAGCCCUCUUCACUCAUGUUCUCAGUCCGAGGAGAGCCGAUGCCCGCUGCGUCUCUCAAGCAGAAUGACCACUCGCUGACAUCCUCUCCAAACACAGUGAUGCCGGCGCAGGAUCAUCGCUCCAGUAUGUCCAGGCCCAUGAUCACACGGUCGCCAGUGUCUCCCUUAAGUAACCAGGGCAUCCCCACACCUGCACAGCUCACCAAGUCCAAUGCUCCUGUGCACAUUGAUGUGGGCGGACACAUGUACACCAGCAGUCUGGCCACAUUAACAAAAUUCCCAGAAUCCCGAAUCGGUCGUCUCUUUGAUGGCACAGAGCCCAUAGUCCUGGACAGCCUGAAGCAGCACUAUUUCAUUGACAGGGAUGGACACAUGUUCCGCUACAUCCUCAACUUCCUCAGGACGUCCAAGCUCCUCAUUCCAGACGACUUCAAAGAUUACAGUCUGUUGUACGAGGAGGCACGGUACUUCCAGCUGCAGCCAAUGCUGGCCGAGCUGGAGCGCUGGCGUCAGGACCAGGAGCUGAGCCGGGUGUCCCGCCCCUGCGAGUGUUUGGUAGUACGCGUGGCUCCUGACCUGGGCGAGAGGAUCACACUCAGCGGAGACAAGGCCCUGAUCGAAGACGUGUUUCCGGAAAUCGGCGACGUCAUGUGCAACUCUGUCAAUGCCGGCUGGAACCACGACUCCACGCAUGUUAUCCGCUUCCCUCUGAACGGAUACUGCCACCUCAACUCUGUUCAGGUUUUAGAGCGUCUCCAGCAACGCGGCUUCGAAAUCGCUGGCUCCUGUGGUGGAGGCGUGGACUCGUCCCAAUUCAGCGAGUACGUCCUGAGGAGGGAACUGAGGAGGUCAAAUCAGCGAGGACCCAAUUCAAACAGGAUAAAGCAGGAGCAGCUGGAUUAGAAACCUCCCAGGCAGCAGGAGGUGCUAGACUUUUUUCUGUGGCAGCCUAAAUGCUUCGAUGCUACAGAGCUCUGUGGACUCUGUUUUUUUUUUUCGUUUCCUUGUUAAUGUUUUUGCUUUUUUGAACUUGAGAACCAUCUAGAGAAUUAAAUAAUGAGGUGCAACAGGAGAUUUUUUUGCCAUAAGAAGAUACAGGACAUUUGAUAAGUUUGAGAUUGCGAGGACAUUUGUGAUUGUCUAGCCCCCAUAAGCCAAUUUAAAAAGGAUUUAUAUAUGCUGGAUCCCCAAACAAAGUUUGUUUUAAAACUUAGAACCUACAUUAGGUUAAAUAUGACUUCUAUUACACCCAUAUAAAUUAAAAAGCCUUUCAUUGCUGAUGUAGUAUAUUGCAAAGCUCGUCAUCAGUGAAUGGAUUUUGUGUCUCACUGGCAAAUUGGAAAAGUCUGUUUUUACCCCUCGCUGUAAAAAAAAAAGUCACUAAUGUGUUGCUUACAGUACAGAAUGUCUCAGUUGUCAUGAAUAUGUUUUCAAAGCAUCCUUUUUUUCACAAUGAACAUGAUGUUGAAUAUUGUAAUACCAAUGAAGUGUUUUUUUUUACAUUGAUGGAAGUUAUUUUAUUAAAUUAAACCUUAAAAUAUAGCUGAAAAUACUAUCAGAAUUAAACACCAUAGUCCAUUCUAUACACAGUAAUACAAUAAUUUAGUAAGUCAUAAAUUCAUUCCAUUUGUCUCAUUAGGGAGUUUGAACUACAAAUCCCACAAUGAUUUAAUUGGAUCAUAAUAUUCCUCUGAGUCAUGACUUGUACUUUUUUUCAUUGUAUAUGUGUGUUUUCUACAUUAAAUCUUUUUAAAGCACACUUGUUGUCUCAGACAUGACUGAACAGAUAAAAGCUUAUUGUACUGCCCACUUCGAGAUCACUUUUACUUGUAGCACAUGUUGAUAUAAAGUUGGAUAUAAAGUAUUUCUAAGAUGACUGACCCACCUACGCUCCCUAGAUUUGAGAAAAGAGGAAUGUAGCAAAAAAAAGUGAAAUAAAUCUCAACUAAAGCUGU